UGACGCCGCGGCCUCGUGACGCGUUUUCAAAUCUCUAACCGCCGCCGCUCACUCGUUGGUGUGUGGGGCACUUCUUCCUCCGCGCCCAGGAGCCCGAGCCGGACCCGGAAACCCGGCCCGCCGACGCCCGGACCUCGGCCGGCUCGGCGGCCGGUGGUGGUGCGGGAGGGCGGCCGUCCUGUCAGCGCCGUGCUUUGGCGGCCCCUCGGCGCGACACCCUGAGCUUCUCAGCAUGUAGGUGCCGGGCGGCUGCCAUGAACUCCGGAACCAUGAGGAUUCACAGUAAAGGGCAUUUCCAGGAUGGAAUUCAAGUCAAAAAUGAGAAAAACAGAUCGUCUUUGAAAUCUCUGAAAACUGAGAACAGACCAGAAAAGUCCAGAUAUAAACCGCUUUGGGGGAAAGUGUUUUACCUUGACAUACCUUCUGCCACAGUAUGUGAAAAACUGCAAAAGGAUAUUAAGGAUCUGGGAGGGCGGGUCGAAGAAUUUCUCAGCAAAGAUAUCAGUUAUCUUAUUUCAAAUAAAAAGGAAGCUAAAUUUGCACAAACCUUGAGCCGAGUGUCUCCUGUACCAAGUCCCGAAUCUGUGUAUACUGCAGAAGCCACUUCUCACCCCAGCCACGAUGGGAGCUCAUUUAAGUCUCCAGACACAGUGUGUUUAAGCAGAGGAAAAUUAUUGGUUGAAAAAGCUAUCAAGGACCAUGAUUUUAUCCCAUCAAAUAGUAUAUUAUCAAAUGCCUUAUCAUGGGGAGUAAAAAUUCUUCAUAUUGAUGAUAUUAGAUACUACAUUGACCAAAAGAAAAAGGAAUUGUAUUUAUUCAAGAAAUCAAGUGUUUCUGUGAAAGAUGUGGCUAAAAGAGUUUGUAUUGGCUCACAAAAAACCAAAACAGGAAGACUCAAAAAGCCUUUUGUAAAAGUGGAAGAUAUGAAUAAAAUGUAUAGGCCAUUUUACCUUCAGCUGACCAUUGUGCCUUGUAUCAACUACUCUAUCCAGAAGCCCUUCAGUCCAUUUGAUACAGAUAAAGCAUCUGCCGUGCAAAAGAAAACUCAGGUUAAACUAAGAAUCCAAACAGAGGCUGAUAAAUAUGGUGGAAAUCCAGUUCAAAUCCAUUUGAAAGAGAAGAAAAGAAAGGGAUACUGUGAAUGUUGUUUGCAGAAAUAUGAAGAUCUCGACAGUCAUCUUCAAACUGAGCAACACAGAAACUUUGCACAGAGUAGUCACUAUCAAGUUGUUGAUGAUAUCAUAUCCAAGUUAGUUUUUGACUUUAUGGAAUAUGAAAGGGACACACCUAAAAAAAAAAGAAUCAAAUACAGUGUUGGAUGCGUUUCUCCUGUUUCUGCUGAUGUCCUGAAAAAGACCCAACUAAUACAGAAGCUAGAAUUGCAGUAUACUUCUCAGAAGGACUUCAGGGACAGUAAGGUACAGGUGAUGGAGCAGAGUCUCUUGCAUGGAGAAACCCAGGAACUUGAAGAAAAGCUUUUGUUGGUUCCAGAAUCUGUCCACAACCCCUCAAAAGAAUUAAGAGGACUGGAUGAGAAGAUGAAUAAUCAGUGUUCCAUGUUCACUAGAGCAGAAAAUGAUAUAAACCAGAAUUCUAGAGAGCCACCUCCACAUAAAAAUAUACAGGAAUGUUUUCUGAACAUUUCUGAUUUUAAAUUAAUUAACACUGACUUGGAAGGUUUGAGGGUAGAUCACUAUCCAUGUACACUACAAACUUCUGUUCAAGUUUCUGUUUCCAGUAUGACUGCUGGUGCAGCUGAACCAACGCAAAAGUCAGAGACUGUGUUUUCUCCAGCAAAGAAUACAAAGAAAAAGCACCUUCAUUCAAUAUUUAAUCCUAGUUCUGAUCUAAGAACAAUCAGCAGUUCACAAGAGCUCCUAACACCUCAGGCAGAAACUCAAUCCCAGAGGCCUGGUGAAGAACCCAAUGAAUGUGACCUCAAGAAUGUGGAUAGUUUACCUUGUAAAAUACAUCGAAAAGUAAAAAUAUUACUAGGAAGAAAUAAAAAAGAAAAUCUGGAGCCAAAUGCUGAAUUGGAUAGGAAGAGAACUGAGUAUCUCAUCCCACAGGAAGAGAGUAUUUGUAGUUCACCAGUACAGUCUCUACUGGACUUAUUUCAGACUAGUGAAGAGAAGUCAGAAUUUUUGGGUUUCACAAGCUACACUGAAAACAGUGCUGUGUGUGAUGUUUUAGGUAUUUGGGACAAUGAAAGCUCAAAUAAUCUGUUGUCAAUGUUUUUUUCUUCCCCCUCAGAUUCUACAUUUACUGGCUUUUAGGAUGUUUACAUUUCAGAAAGCGUGGAUCAUAUUCUUAAAAUAUAAAUAUUUAUAAAAAUUCUUAUGAUUUUUUGGACCAAUUUUGUUUACAAAUCCAAAUAUAAAUAUUAAUGAUAAAGGUGA